AUGCCAAUCACAGGCGUCUACUUCAUACCCACCAGCCCAAACGCAACAACAACCCUCACAACUCUAACAGAGCGCCUCCGCGCCUCCUUCACAGAUGAAGACCUCAUCCCCAUCGGCCGCUGGCUCCUAGACCACAAACUCAUGCGCGACACGCCCGGCCUCCUCCCAGCAUCAUCCACUCAAGGCCAACGCCCCACAAAACCACGCUACAUGCAACUCCUCUCACUGUCCCACUACCCAACCCACGGCUUUAUCUACACCUCCGAACCAACAGAGAAGCCCUUCCACCCGCCCAGCGCGGGCCCACCCGUCACAGCGACCUCGCCAGCUACCAGCGCCGCGUCUCCAGGCCAGGGUCUCGAUGCAGCGCAGGGCGCGAGCGCGGUUGAAAUGCCCAUGGUUAUGACUACCGUACCCCCGCCAGCGUAUAAGACGCUCUUCCAGCACUUCACGUACGCGUGCCAGCCAUUCUGGUGCCACCGGUUGACUGUCACGGUGCCGAACGGGGUUGUCUACGAUGUAGGCGAUUUCCGGGUGCGAAUGGGUGAUGUGCGACAGACGGUUCCGAAUGUGCGGCCGCGCGGGACGAUUGUCGAGAUUGAAUGGCGGGGGCCGUCUGUUGUGGAUUCGCUUUCUGGGGUGCAGGAUCGGCGAGCUGCGAUCGGGGCUGGAACUGGUGAAGAUGUGGACUCGGGCAUUGAUGUGUCGUUUUGUGCGCUGGAGGAGGCGGAUGUUGAUGCUGAGUAUGUGGCGACUGCGUCGUUGAUUCGGGAGUUUUGGGGUCGGUUGGGGAUUACCGGGGCUAAGGAGGCGAUUCUUGUUCCCGGUGUUGGGAAGGAGGUUAAGGAGAAGUUGGGGAAGUUGAGGAAGGGGGAGAAGGGUGGUGAAGGGAAGGGUAAGGAUGAAAUCUUGGCUGGAUUGGGGAGUAUGUCGUUUGAGGAUGAUGUUGAUCCUACGGCGGGGACUGAUGCUGCCAGGCAGUAUAUGGAGGUGUUGCGGUUUAAUCGGUAG